CUGUCAGCCACAAAGUGAAGUCAUGGUAAAGUUCACAAUUUAAAAUUGGUGGACUUACAAAACAUUAGUGAAUCACCUGAGAGUUCAUAUGGAUUAUCUUUUUAUACUUAAGAACUUUGUAACUUGGGACCAUUAGUGAAUCUCAGCCCUGAAAUCUGAGACAAACUCUCCUUCUGUUCUCAUACUCAAAGGUUUAAUCCCACAUUAAAGACCUCUAAUGGCUAAAGAUUUAUUCUGCCUUCAGAUCAAUUUGUCACUCUACGGAGUGCCUAAAUUGUCAUGUCUGUUUCUCCUACACCACAUAGAAUAUAAGGCCUAGCUAUAUCUUUCCAUGUCCUACCAAUUAAUAAUUUUUAACAACUUUUAACAAUCAUUACAGUACUUCCUUUGCAUCUCCUAUAAUACUUACAUUGUAAUCCAAAAAUACCAAGAAGGGAUAAAAUACAAAUGAAAGAAGAAUACGAGAUAACAAGAAUGAAAGAAGAAGAGGAUAUACAAAAUUUUAAAUAAUAAAUGAGAAAGGAAGAACAUAAACAUGACAGCAAGUAAAGAUUAUCAUUAGUUAUCACAAUCUCAUAGAUAACAGCAAGUAGAGAUUAUCAUUAGCUAUCACAAUCUCAUAGAUAAGACAAGAGACCACCUUGAAUAGCACGAUAAGGCGAGUCAUCACAAGACUAAGAGAGCCAGAGAGUAUCAGCAUAUUACCAGAAGUCAGGUGGCUAUCACAAAAUUAAUAGACAAGGCAACCACAAGUUACCAGGCCAGUGAUUAUGUGCAUGCCUCAACAUGUCAAAACUCCACAUUUGUUAUAAGGAGGCAUACCUUAUGGCAUUGAAAGCCUUGUUGGAGCAUAAAGAUCACUCUAGCAAGGGGUAUAUUAUGUGGUGGAGACUGGAAUAGAUAGGAGACUGCCUAAGAGGAAGACUGGACAGAGCAGUCAGACCAGAGGGAAUCAAGAUGGGCAAGCCACCAAUCACAGUACUUCUUGUGCAGGGGGACCACUGCGAAUGGACGAUGGCCGAAACAUGAUAUCAAGUGAGAAAUUUCGGUUCCAUCAUCAAGAGAUGCCAAUCACCAGGGAGGAAUAUCUUAGCACCAUUCAGGGAGCGUUGGCACAGGCCAUCCUUCUUCAACAUCAGCAGAAACCGAUGGUGGGAUCUAUUGAUGGACAGGUGGCCUAUUUGGUAUACCCUCAGGGUGAUCCCGAAGCAUCUCAGCCUUCUACCUCGACAACCCCCAUGGAAGACACUGGCGGCAGUGACAGCCUUUUGAGUAAUAUGGAGCUGCUGUAUCCCUUGCUUGGAACUACUCAAGUUCAGCUGCAGAACCAGAGUCAGUCUGUAGUAAACGAGGUGAAUUCCUACCAGAAUCUCGUCAUACAGCUCCCCAACGGAACCAACAUAACGCCGGUGAAUCUUUCUUCAACUGGCGACAUAAGUAUUGGGAAUGAGAACAACGACAAAGACCCCCCAAGUACUAGUGAAGAUCUUGGUAACGGAGGUGGAGAUAGCAGUAGUGAACAUGAAGGUGAAACAGGAGGCACAACUAAUGCCGGCUCUGGCAGUGAUAAUACUACGGAAGGCAUGGGCAGUGCAGGUGGUACUAACGGUAAUGGAAGUACCAACAGUAAUGAAACGUGCAAUGGUAAUUUCGAGGGAGGCACAAACGACAAUGGAGCUGGAGACGGUGAUAACAGUGCGGAAGCUGGCGGAAGUGGAGACACUGGAGGUACAGAAAGUGGGACCAAUGGUGAAGGCAACGCCAGUGGCGCUGGUGGCAAUACCGAUAGCCUCACACCUCAAGUGUACCGUUGCAACGAUAGAGGUGGCGCAGUACUAGCAAAUUUUGUCAACCCAUCCUACCCCUACCGGGAUACGACCCCAGGCAUCUGUAUGUUUCAUCUCGAUCUUCAACCUCGAGUAUGCCAGAUUCGUGUGGAUGUCGUAGAAACCAACCUGGCCCCCCCGACUGAGGGAAAGUGCGUGAGGCAAUUCCUGGCAGUGCAGGGAACGAUAUGGAAACCAGGUGUCCGGCGUAUAUGUGGUACUAACAGCGAUACCCACUUUUACCUUGAGGUGGAUGAAAGCGCGAACUCCCCUUACGUGGAAUUGGCAGUGUCAUCACAAACUGGGUUCAGCUACCGCUGGGGACUAUGGAUCACUCAGAUCGACUGUCUCAUCCCUUCUGCAAUCAAAGCACCGGCAGGAUGCUUCCAGUACUUUCCUGACACCGCUGGAGAAUUCAAAAGUUUCAGCUUUGAUGAUGGUCAGUACUACGAGGACCAGCAUUAUCGGAUAUGUCUGGCUGCUGCCCGUGGAACUUGCUCCAUCACCUUUACUGCCCAACCCAGACAUUUCAUGCUUGAAAAAUACGGCAACAUUGACGAGGUACCGUUUGACCGAUCAGGGAUUAGUUCACUAUAUUGUGUAAGGGACUACCUAAGGAUUCCAGACGGUUCUGCUGACGGUGGCUCACAAACGGCUUCUCAUGAUCGUUACUGUGGUGGCCACCUCUCAUCCAUUCAUGGCGCUUCGUCCCCAAGUCCAGUUACUACUACGGACCCGGCCAUUUCUGCAAGCAACUCACGAUGUCUCUGGUUUACAUACCCAGGAUUACCAACCAUCAGACUUUAUCUUCCCUCUUAGUCGGCGUGUGUCUACCAUACCACUCAGCUCAAAAUUUUCUCGCAAAGAGGAUGUAACAGGCAACCUUGACUUAUUUGAAAAUUUCUUUGAAGACGAGUUUAAUAAUUUACUGCAGCAGAAGAAUGUCACUCAACAAUCACGCUUAGUGUCUGGAUUGUUAACACGUCCCUCAAAACUCUCUGCUUUCCUCGAUCGGGUAUCUUUCUCAACCAUGUACAGUGACUACAAUAAACAUUUCACUACCUCUGUUCUCUCGCGACAGUCAUCAUCUCCACUGUCAGGUUUCAGCCAGGAUUUAUCAGGAGGUAGCUACACUUACCACUCAGUACCUGCUCAAUCUACCGUUACUUAUGGUGUUAUGCCGCAUUUUCAUUCAAUCUCACCACAUAAAACUAUUUCUCCUUCCCGGACAACGCAGUUUCCCGAGUAUUCAAUGUUUGCCUUAAGUUCAUUGUUCCCGCAAUAUCAAUCUUUCGUUUCUUCUCAGAAAACAUCACUUUCCAGUCCAAUAUCAGCCCAAAAAUUUCUGCCAUUCCCCUUGCUUCCAUCGCCAAAUCACUUUAUUGUAACUUCCAAAAAUACACUGCCUCUUAAUGCUGGAACACCUUCCCAUACUACACAGUUUGCACAUCUUCCACUACAUCUUCCUGCACCUUCAUGGAUAAAAAGUGCUUCCCAGACGUUUCCCUCAAAUGUUCAACAACCCAGAGGAUUUAAAACGGACCAGUUCCAGCAUAAAUUACAUACGCCUUAGAAAAAAAAAAAAAAAUCAAUCAAUAAAAUAAAUAAAUAAAUAAAUAAAUAAAAAUCCAGGAGC